AUGGGGAAGAAGGAGGAGGAGGAUCCUUCUUCUUCUUCUGCAGAAGAAGAAGAAGAAGAAGAGAGCAGCAGCAGCAGCAGCAAUGGCAGCAGCGAGGAGGGCUCUGACGCUGACGACGACAAACCCCGCAGCAGCGACAAAACUAAAAGACGAAGCUCAAAAGCAAACAAAACCAAAGAAAGAUCUUCAAAACGUAGAAGGGGUGUUAGUGCUUUCCUAGAUGUUGAAGCCCAGGUGGGGGAUGAAGAAGAGGAAGAAGAGACAGAUGAAUUUAUUGAUCCUAGCGAAGCUCGCGAGGCCUCUCGCUGGGCAGCAAAGGCAGCAGAAGCGCGGAGGUUAUCGCAGCAGCAGCAGCAGCAGCAGCAGCAGCAGCAGCAGCAAGACUGGGGACGCCGCGGGGGCUCUGCUCACCUUGUCUCAGCUAUUGAUUCUCUAACACGAAGAUACCAAGACCAAUCUUUUGAAGAAGGAGAGGAAGAUGAAGACGAAUUCGAUGAUGCAGAGGCCCUCGAAUAUGAGGAGUCUGCAGAAGCGAAUAUUCUCCCGGACAUGAGGGACCCCAAGCUGUGGAUGGUUCGCCUAAACAAGAGCGGGACAGAGCGGGAGGAGGUGAUAGCGAUAUUAAACAAAUGUUUUGUGCAUGCAAAGCGAGGCAUAGACCUCCAAAUUUACUCCGUCUUCGCUUCAGAUGAUCUCAAAGGCGACUUAGCUCAGAUAGUUUCAGCCGAUCAGCAGGGUUUGUUUGUAACUGCGCGGUUAAUUCCCCGCAUUGAUUUGGCUUUCCUUCUCGAUAAAAGCAACCAAGGAGAGUCAGCAGCACGUACUGUUGGUGGUUUAGGGUUUAAGAAAAACAGUCGGCCUGAGAAGAAGUUCUUCGACAGAGACAAAGUAGACAGCAGCGGAGGACAGGUUGAACAGGGUUUGAUACCCGGGACGGUUAAGUUUGCUGGUUUAACGUUCGAAGAAGCAGGAUAUAUAAUUAGGAAGAUUGCGCUGAGACAUUUGGUCCUGGGCUCGGCUGUCUCUGCAUCUCUGACGGAGUUAAAAGAAUUCUGUCAGAAUAUGAACGAAGCGGAUAGAGAAGAGUCUCUUACAGCACACAAACCUCUUUAUCAGAUGUUAAAACAACAGCGCAGCGCUUUCCGCCUCGGAGAUCGCAUACUCAUUACUCAGGGGGAGCUACAAGGAUUAAAGGGUAGAGUCAGCGGUCUACCCAGCGAAACAAAACAAGAAAAAGAUUUGCAUAUUCAAGUUACAUUAGAAGAUGCUAACUUCGGUGAUAUCCAACUCAAGUUUAAGUGUUUACUGGAAUCUCUUACGCACGCCCCUCAGAACGCGAGUGGGGAGGAUGGAUUAGUUAGCGUUAGAGGUUUUUCUUUGUUAUCUUUUGUAGAGUUGACAUCGGGAGAGAAGGGUAUUUUGGUGUAUAUAGAUCCCACAGGGAGAAGCGUACGCUUGCUGUCUCCUCAGAAUUCGCUUCUUCAUGUCUCUUCUUCUCAGUUAUUAUCAAAGUUAAACACUGAUUUACAGUCUGCAAGAGAUGCAUUUAAUUGUCCUGUUGAACGAAAUGCUUGGGUCUCUCCUGCAUGCACGGGGUGUGGGGACGCCUCCUGUUCAUGUCGGGGAUCGGGGAUCGGGAUCGGGGGAUCGGGAUCGGGAUCGGGAUCGGGAUCGGGAUCGAGUGUGGGGUGGAAGGAAGGAGGCGCAUUGGGGGCUGUAACGGACAGCGGUUUAUCUCAGAUGUCUUUGAGCGGCGAUGGUUGUUCUGUUGCUCCUUCAAUAUUUGAUGAGAGAGACAGAGACAGAGACAUUGCAGGAGACAGAGACAGAGACAGAGACUUAGCUUCUAUAUCUGCUUCUCUUACUCCUUUGACAAGAGCAUCAGAGCUGCUUCCCCCUCUCUCUCAAGCCAGCCACCCAAGCACCCCCAAUGCAGCUAUGGAAACCCUCAUCGACGAAGACGCAGUGUCUCUGAGCGACUUGUCUCUGUCUAUGGGCAGCAGCAGCUCUAUGUCGUUUUCUUCUACAUCGGGUUUAGGGUUUAGAAGAGAAGAAGGCAGAGCUCUCAGUUCUAAUAUGUCUGUCUCCUCUCAUCAUGCGGGUAGCAGCAGCAGCAGCAGCAACAUGCGUCUCUCUACUUCAGCAUCUGUUGCUGCUGCUGCUGCUGCUGCUGCUGCUGUUAAACAUGAUCUCCCUCCUUGGUGUCUUAAAGGCGUCCUCGUCAGAGUUAUUCAAGGACCCCACUACCCCAAACAGGUGCAGCAGCAGCAGCAGCAACAGCAGCAGCAGGACUACCCAAAGGUGUCCUUGGUGUCUGUGGAUGCGGAGAAAGGGCGAUGUGUAAUUUCUUCUCAAGCAAACUUCUGGGCUGUCGAUUGCAAGGAGACAGAACCUCUUUCUGUUACAGUAGAAGGGCAGCUGGCUAUAGUUGUCAAUCCGUCACACCGUUUGUAUUCAACUUGCUGCCAAGUUUUAUCUUUUCGCGGUUUGCACUGCACAAUUGAAGCAGCAAAUAAACAAGAAAUAUGCCCAAUUAGCGAUCUCGCCCAAGCUCAGAGACUCUAA